CCCAUCCCCGCGCCGCCGCCUGCGGCUGUCUGUCCCCUCCCGCCGGACGGACGCCGGACGCCGGACGCCGGGCUGAGGCAACCUCGCACGCGCUCGCCCCGGGCUGCUCGGAACCGCUGCCAUGAAGCCGGCGAGAACUAAGACACCCAGGAAAUUGAUGGUGAAAAAAGGCUCCCAGACAAGCCUGAAAGACCCGGUUGGGGUGUACUGCCGGGUGCGCCCACUGGCCUUUCCUGACCAGGAGUGCUGCAUAGAGGUGAUCAACAACACGACCAUCCAGCUGCACACCCCGGAGGGCUACAGGCUCAACCGGAAUGGGGACUAUAAGGAGACGCAGUAUACUUUCAAACAGGUAUUCGGAACGUACACCACCCAGAAGGAGCUGUUUGAUGUUGUGGCGAAUCCCUUAGUAGACAACCUUAUUCAUGGCAAAAAUGGUCUCCUUUUCACAUAUGGCGUCACCGGCAGUGGAAAGACACACACCAUGACCGGCUCCCCGGGGGAGGGAGGACUGCUUCCUCGCUGCUUGGGCAUGAUCUUCAACAGCAUAGGCCGGUUUCAAGCUAAGCGAUAUGUUUUUAAAUCUAAUGAUAGGAACAGCAUGGACAUACAGUCUGAAAUUGAUGCUUUAUUAGAACGACAGAAAAGAGACACCAUGCCCAACCCAAAGACCCCCUCCAGCAAACGACAAGUAGAUCCAGAGUUUGCAGAUAUGAUAAAUGUACAGGAAUUUUGCAAAGCAGAAGUUGAUGAAGACAGUGUUUAUGGUGUAUUUGUCUCCUAUAUCGAAAUAUAUAACAAUUAUAUCUAUGAUCUUUUGGAAGAGACGCCGUUUGAUCCCAUAAAGCCAAAGUGGAACAGUUGCAGCACACCCAUGAGGAACACUGAGUUUGUAAUUCCUCAAUCUAAAGUGCUUCGUGAAGAUAUGAACCGUAACAUGUAUGUUGCAGGAUGUACAGAAGUAGAAGUGAAAUCAACAGAGGAGGCCUUUGAAGUUUUCUGGAGAGGCCAGAAGAAGAGGCGCAUUGCGAACACCCACUUGAAUCGCGAGUCCAGCCGUUCACAUAGUGUAUUCAACAUUAAAUUGGUUCAGGCGCCCUUGAAUGCAGAUGGAGACAAUGUCCUACAGGAGAAAGAACAAAUCUCUAUAAGCCAGCUGUCCUUGGUAGAUCUCGCUGGAAGCGAAAGAACUAACCGGACAAAAGCAGAAGGAAAUAGGUUACGUGAAGCAGGAAACAUUAAUCAGUCAUUGAUGACGCUGAGGACCUGCAUGGAGGUCCUGAGAGAGAAUCAAAUGUGUGGAACCAACAAGAUGGUUCCGUACCGAGACUCAAAGUUGACCCAUCUGUUCAAGAACUACUUUGAUGGGGAAGGACAAGUGCGCAUGAUCGUGUGUGUGAACCCGAAGGCUGAAGAUUAUGAAGAGAGCCUGCAAGUCAUGAGAUUUGCAGAGGUGACUCAAGAAGUCGAAGUGACAAGACCAGCAGACAAGGCUAUCUGUGGUCUGACACCUGGAAGACGGUACAGAAACCAGGUUCGGGCUGGUCCAGUCGGAGACGAACUGCUGGUUACAGAUGUGGUUCUACAGAGCUUUCCACCAUUACCUUCCUGUGAGAUUCUGGACGUCAAUGAUGAGCAGACUCUUCCCAAACUGAUUGAAGCAUUAGAGAAACGACACCACCUACGGCAGAUAAUGGUUGAUGAGUUUAACAAACAAGCAACACAUUUUAAAACUUUGUUGCAAGAAUUUGACAGUACUGUUUUAAAUAAAGAAAACUACAUUCAAGGAAAACUAAAUGAAAAAGAAAAGGUGAUCUCAGGACAGAAAUUGGAAAUAGAACAACUGGAGAAGAAAAACAGAACUUUAGAAUAUAAGAUUGAAAUCCUAGAAAAAACAACUACUAUAUAUGAAGAAGAUAAACGCAAUCUGCAGCAGGAACUUGAAACACAGAAUCAAAAACUUCAGCGGCAGUUUUCCGAUAAGAAGAGAUUGGAGGCUAGGUUGCAGGGCAUGGUGACAGAAACGACGAUGAAAUGGGAGAAGGAAUGCGAACGUCGGGUGGCAGCCAAACAGCUGGAGAUGCAAAACAAACUCUGGGUCAAAGACGAAAAGCUGAAACAAUUGAAGGCAAUAGUCACUGAGCCUAAAGCCGAGAAGCCAGAGAGACCCUCUCGGGAGCGGGACCGAGAAAGAGUCACUCAGAGAUCUGUUUCUCCGUCUCCAGUCCCUCUUUCUAGUAACUAUAUUGCUCAGAUUCCGAACGGCCAGCAACUCAUGAGCCAGCCACAGCCACAUAGGCGCUCUAACUCUUGCAGCAGCAUUUCUGUAGCUUCCUGUAUUUCCGAAUGGGAGCAGAAAAUUCCCUCCUACAACACGCCUGUCAGUGUCACAUCCAUUGCGAGGCGUAGGCAGCAGGAGCCAGGACAAAGUAAAACUUGUAUGGUGUCAGACAGAAGGCGAGGGAUGUACUGGACUGAAGGCAGGGAGGUGGUUCCCACGUUCAGGAAUGAGCUAGAAGUAGAAGAGGAUCAUCUCCGCAGGGUCCUCUUUGAACCUGAUCAGACUGCACCACCAAUCCGUCACCGACACAGGCGAUCACGCUCUGCGGGAGACAGAUGGGUAGAUCAUAAGCCUGCCUCUAACGUGCAAACUGAGACAGUCAUGCAGCCACAUGUCCCUCACGCCAUCACAGUCUCUGUUGCAAACGAAAAGGCACUAGCUAAGUGUGAGAAGUACAUGCUGACCCACCAGGAACUAGCCUCCGAUGGGGAGAUUGAGACUAAGCUGAUAAAGGGUGAUGUUUAUAAAACAAGGGGCGGUGGACAGUCUGUUCAGUUUACGGAUAUUGAGACAUUAAAACAAGAAUCACCAACUGGUCGGAAACGAAGAUCUUCCGCAGUAGUGCCUGCCCCGCCAGACGGGACCGAGUCUGAGUGGACCGAUGUGGAAACAAGGUGCUCUGUGGCUGUGGAGAUGAGAGCAGGCUCUCAGCUGGGACCUGGGUAUCAGCACCAUGCACAACCCAAGCGCAAGAAGCCAUGAACUGACCAUCUCAGUUGUGAGACGUUUCCAUCUGCGCUGGUGCUGUCUGUCUGCGGAACCAUGCUGGACUAGCUUUGCUGCCUCUCACGUACCUCAGCACACCGCACACUGGCCUAGAUCAAAGAUCCCCUGCUGUUCCGAGACAGCUAUGAUUUGAGAGACUUCAUGACAUGCCUUGCCGUAUUUAAUAUUAAUAGUGGAGAACGACUUUGUCUAUUGCUAUAUGAACUGCUUUCUUAUAAUAUUUUUGUAUAUUUAUUAUAUACUUGAUAAACUAAUUCAUGAAAGUUUGUCUUCUCUGAUUAAGGAAGAAUAUAUCUAGAUCACACUUCAUUUUUUGGUUGUGACUUUUCUUGCUCUGAGUAUUUUUAUAUUUUUUAUUUUAUAAGGUUGUUCACAAUUUUUGAUUACAUUUAAUAUUCAAACACCAAUCCCACCACCAUUACACCUUCCCACCACCAAAUUCGGGAUGUUUCUAUCCCAAACCCUAAUCCCUGUCCCAAAGCACAACCGAAAUAAUAUAUUUUGUCUAUUAUGAAAAACCGCUGA